ACCUACAACUGUAGCUGGGUGACCCUCCUCUGUCAGGCCGGGCGGCCACGCUCCGCCCCGAAAGGACCUCAGGUACACCAGCUGGAGGGCCUGGAGUCGGGAGCCCAGAGCAGCAAGAUGGAAUCUCCCAGUGAGCCCGAGCCCAAAGGCAUGUUUGAAUGCCAGUUGUGUGGCCUGACUGCGCCGUACAGCUACGUGGGGCAGAAACCUCCCCAUACCCGUACUGUCGUGCUCCUGGAGGAAUGCUAUGUGCUAAAGGACCCUUUCACCUCAGACAGAGACAAAUUCCUCAUCCUUGGUUCUCAGCGUAGUCUCUGUAGCAAGCUGGUGUGCGUGGGCCUGGAGUGCAGCUUAUUCUACUCGAAAAGAUUUUGCCUCCCCUGCGUUCAUGAGAAUCUCAGUGCUUUCCCUCUGGAGAUACAGCAGGAUGUGGAGAAGAGAUGCUCUCUGUCCAAAGUUACUUCCAGGAAGCUUGACUCGAGGACCUAAUGGUCAGGCCGUG